AUGGCUCCGCCAAGGAGCAAAAAGAGGAAGCCGAGCUUUCGCAGACUGCUGAAGACGAGCAACGUGAAGCUUGACAACAAGCUGAAGAACCGUCAGUUCAAGAAGGAGAGCACAGACAAGACACGCAAGGAGCAGAAGAAGCUCUGAGCAGCUAUCAAAGAUGCCGCCUUGACGUCCCCCCUCCCCCCAGAGCACUACAAGAAGAGGCCAGAGGAGGAGUUUGUGGAGUCCCUGCCAAUAGACAUGAUUGAUGAAGAUGACCUGGAGCAGAUUAAGGCCAUGGCUCAGAAAGCCUCCUUCCUCACCAGAGACCUGUCAUCGAGUGGUCCAGUGCAUGCAAAACAGCGCAAGGGGGAGCAGCAGGGGCCAGAGAGUUAUGAGAAGAUGCCCAGAAAGAUGCAGCUAACAGAAGAGGAGGUCAUUCACCUCCUGUCAAUCAAAGACAAGAUCAGAGGCCUCGUCCCUCAGAGCAUGGAGAAACCUGGAUGUGUGUCCACAGAGGAUGAGGCUGUGACUGGGCCGGCCCUGACCCCUCAGGAGCAGCUAAAGCUCCACACACAGAAGCUGACGGACAGGAAGCUACGCAUCGCCAGUCUAGGAUCAGACAUCCUCUCAGAACCCACCAUCAACAUCAUGAAGCUGCAAGAGCUGCGAUCCAUGCUGAUGGAGACCGACCCCUACAUGGCCGUGACGGUCAGAAAGCUGGUCAUGGUCUCUCUGAUGGUCUUCAAGGACAUAGUCCCCUCAAACAGGAUAAGACCACUGACAGAGACAGAGAAAGCCUCAAAAGUGAAGAAAGAGACACAGCAGUUGAGGCAGUUUGAGGAGGGCUUGGUGAGCCAGUACAAGUUCUACCUGGAGAACAAACAUCCAAUUGUCAAAGACUGGAAGCAGAAGAAGAGAAAGGGCAGCGAGGCGGUGUCUCUGCAGUCCUAUAAGGGCCUGGCUGAGGUGGCCAUCAGCUGCAUCUGUGUGCUGCUGGUGGCCCUGCCACACUUCAACUUCCACAACAACAUCAUCGUCAUGGUGAUGUCUUUGAUGAACGACCCCAUCAAGAGGGUGUCUGAUAUGUGCUGUGAAGCUGUCAAGAAGCUGAUGAAACAGGACAAACAGCGCCAGACAUCACUAGGGACAGUCAAAGUGAUCUCCGGACUGGUCAAGAGCAAGAACUACGACGUUAGACCUGAGCUGCUGAAGAUUCUCCUCUAUCUGAGGGUAAAGGAAGUAGAGGUGGAGAAAGACACAGACGACACAGCUCCCAAAAAGAAGUUCAUGAACUACAAAGACAAAAAUAAGAAUCUGUCCAGGAUGCAAAGAAAGGUCAGUAGCCCAAGCACCUGUCUACCUGUGUUUGAUCGUGCGUCUAAUGAUGACAUCAGCAUCGUUCUGCGUUGUCUCGACAUGAUGCUGACCAAGCGUAGGAAACGGGUGACCCUGCAGCGCGCCUUAGCUUUCGUCAAGAGACUGAGCACGCUCAGUCUGCACACCCUGCCCAACGUGGGCAUCCUGGCAUCCAACAGGAUGUUGAUACAUACCUUCCCCAAGUGUGACAUCCUCCUGGACAAUGAGGCUCAGGAUAGUGGGGUGUUCCUUCCUGAGCUGGACGAGCCAGAGUACUGCAACCCUCAGAACACUGCCCUGUGGGAGCUACACACACUCAGGAAACACUACCAGCCAGUGGUCAGGAGGUUUGCCGCUCACCUCUGUGCAGGGGCUCCUAGUGAAGGAUCUGGAGCUCUGACCGUUCAACUCACCAGAAGGCACCCAGUGGAGCUGUUUGAGGACUACAGAGCUAAACACAUGACCUUCAACCCUCCAGUGGCAGCACCUUCCACAAAGAAGAAGACAUUUGACACCUGA